AUGGCUACCAAGACGACGGCCACGACGGCCUUUUUCCUGCUCGUGAACCUUCUAUUCGCCGCCUUGGCUUCUUCCCAAGUUGAAGGACCCGUAUCUCCUCCUCCACCAACAGAAAACCCCUCCCCUCCAGUCGUCGCUCCGUCUUCACCUCCACCUGCUACGUCGCCUAUCGAAUCUCCACCUUCCCCGCCGCCGUUGUCCUUACCACCACCACCCUUCUCACCUCCGGUUGAACCUCCGUCCGCACCUCCAGUAAUACCUCCGUCCGCACCCCAAGUCGUAUCUCCGUCCACGCUCCCAGUCGUUCCUCCGUCCACUCCACCAGUCGUACCUCCGUCCACGCCCCCGGCAGUGCCUCCGUCCUCGCCCCCAGUUGUUCCGCCGUCCCCACCUCCAUCCUCCCCGCCACCACCACCACCACCGCCCCCACCGCUGCCGCCGCCUCGUCCCAUCGUGGGUGUGAGAUGCCUUAUCGAUGCCGUCGGGCUAAGAAUCUGCGCUCCGGUGCUCUUCGCUCUCCGGGUAACUCGUAUCCGCCCCCCUAGAGGAGCUUGUUGCGCGCUCAUCGAUAGGCUCUCCAACGAACAGGCCGCAGUGUGCCUCUGCUUCGCCGCCAGCAACAGUUUCCUCGGACUUAAUCUGCAGAUUCCCGAGGACGUCGCGUUGCUCCUGAAUUUCUGCGGCAGGCCGGUGCCUGCUGGGUUGUCGUGCCCUUAA